UUGACAAUAGUGUCAGUCAUUCGAUCGAUGGUGAGCAGGAAAAAAACGGGGAAAAGAGGAGUAAAUUAUCACGGCACAGUUAAUUAAUUCUUCGGUUGAAUAUUGAUUCUCAGGAGGAGUAAAGGUGUUCCAGGCCCUACACACUGAGGGUAACAUAGGGCAGCAGCGAUGUCGGGCUCCUACGAUGAUUCCAUGAUCGAUGUCUCCAGUGAUAGCUUCUGGGAGGUUGGGAAUUACAAGCGUGCAGUGAAACGGGUAGAUGAUGGCAAUCGUCUGUGUAACGACCUGAUGACUUGUCUGCAUGAGCGGGCUCGUAUUGAGAAGUCCUAUGCACAGCAGCUCACGGAGUGGGCCAAGCGCUGGCGGCAGCUCAUAGAGAAAGGCCCACAGUAUGGUACAUUGGAGCGGGCAUGGGGUGCCCUGUGCACAGAGGCGGAAAAAGUGAGCGAACUGCACCUGGAGGUAAAGGCAGCACUGAUGGGAGAGGACUAUGAGAAGGUGAAGAACUGGCAGAGAGAUGCCUUCCACAAACAGAUGAUUGGUGGUUACAAAGAGACCAAGGAGGCAGAGGAUGGCUUCCGCAAGGCUCAGAAGCCCUGGGCCAAGAAACUCAAAGAGGUGGAGACGAUGAAGAAGGCAUACCACUCAGCCUGCAAGGAAGAGAAGCUGGCGACCAGCAGGGAGAACAACAGCAAGCUGGAGAGCAACAAUAACCCUGAGGCCCAAAAGAAGCUCCAGGACAAGGUGGAGAAGUGUCAGCAGGAGGUGCAGAAGACUAAGGAGAAGUAUGAGAAAUCCCUGGAGGAGCUAGACAAGCUGACCCCUCAGUAUAUGGAGAACAUGGAACAGGUGUUUGAGCAGUGGCAGCAGUUUGAAGGCAAACGCAUUCGCUUCUUCAGAGAGCUGCUGCUGGAGGUUAAACAGCACCUUGACCUCUCAACCAAUCACAGAUUCCAGACAAUCUACCACACGCUGGAAGACACCAUCUCUGCUGCUGAUGCUGAAGAGGACCUAAAGUGGUUCCGGUCCAGCCAUGGCCCCGGCAUGCCAAUGAACUGGCCCCAGUUUGAGAAUGUGGACUGGUCCCAUCCUCACACCAAUAAGAGAAGGUCCAUUGUAGACUGGUCCAUAGACCUGAACCGGACACUGAGCAGACGUGAGAAGAAGAAGCCGUCAGAUGGCGUCACACUGACGGGCAUCAGUCAGACUGGGUCAGAUCAGCCUGUCCAGCCUGCCAAGACCAGCAGCAGCCUGACCGUGCCCACUAAAACAGCACCGGUGGGCUUGAACCCCUUUGAAGAGGAUGAUGAUGAGGAGGAGGAGGAAGAGGAGGUGACAGUGGAGGAGCAGACCACAGUCAACCACAUCAGUGUGAAUAAAGAGGAAAUAAAAACUGCCAGCAGUACGGAGAAGACUCCAGAUUGGUCAGACGAAGACACAGGCGCUAACCCUUUCUCCACCAACGGUGAUGGGAAUCCAUUUGAAGACGAGCCAGCAUCUCCUGCGAUAUCUGUGCCCGUCCGAGCCCUAUAUGACUAUGAAGGACAGGAGCAGGAUGAGCUGAGCUUCAAAGCAGGGGAUGAGUUUACCAAGAUAGGCGAAGAAGAUGACCAGGGCUGGUGUAAAGGCCGACUCAAGGAUGGACACGUGGGCCUCUACCCUGCUAACUAUGUAGAAGACAUCCAGUAAUAAAUUUGCCAAAUUGAAGUAGGGUGUUGAGAAGUGAUUAUGCAGCUGGAAGGAGGGAAGGCUUGGCCUUAUUUUUAACCCUUUUCUGUCUGUGCCCCCCUGGAAGACUGGACUUGGUUGGGAGAAGCACAGAUAAGUGGGGUUGCAGAUUACAAAUGGACCACUUCAGGUGUUGUUGCUUGCCCUCUGCUGGUUGCCCUCCUAGAAACUAAGUACAGAAGUGGAAAUUAACCACAGCCAGUAUACCCUGAAUACAGAGUUUCCAGCUAAUUUCCAAGUGGGAGAGAUUCACAUUAUUCUCAUAGAGAAAAGAUAGCUGUCACUGUAAGAUGACUGAUGUUACUCAGAGCCACAGAUGUCUUAGAAUCCCAUUUAUGCUGUUACAAAAACAAUAGCUAUUCAAAUAUAUAUUAUGUAAGACUUAAAAUGAAAUCUGUGUGUGAAUUUAUAUAUUCUUUAAAAGAAACACUGGGAUGGCAGCCUGACAAAUCAUCUUGCUAUGUUACGUAAUGCCUGCAGCCUAAAUAUGCAGGACAGUGUGGAUUCAUUUAGGGAGAUGCUCCUCCAUAACCACAACUAGCUAUUAUUUGAGGUAUGAAAUCAGUUCUGACGUUUGCAUUUUCUGCCUGUUCGAAUCCAAUCCCUAAAUGUUUAUUAUUUUAUUAUAUUAAUUCAGGACAAAAAAAAGGCCCUGAUGUUGAGAUUACUGGAAGAUUUAACUUGCCUUUUAAACUAGUAAUUAUUAGAUGGGCAAUUCCUCUCAUAAUUUUUCAUUUUUCAUUCAGUUCUCAGCUGUUUUAGUUGUUAUAUAUUGAGUAAAUGAAAUGAACAGAGCUUUAUCCUAACAUAGUUUUCAUCUGUAUGAUCUGUUCCUCUAGUUAAUGCAAUUGAAUGUACACUUAACUGAUUGUAUUGGCUCACAUAUUGAUUGUUCACUUUUGCUGAUGAUUUAUUCAACACUGAACAAAACCCAGAACAACUGCGCUUAAUCCUUCCACGCAAAUCUCUUCACCCACUGUUGAUUGUAAAUUGUGAUUCUUAUGAGUGUUGUCAGAUUUUUGUUUUACUUAAUGAAUUUUCCUUCAACACUGAAUGUUUUUCACAUAGGUUAUCUCACUUGAAGCUUCACGUUUUCAUUCUCUCACUUGACAUCAAAUGCCGAGUUAUGGGAGAAUAUUUUAGUGUUUCCUUUUUGAAAAUAUGUCACAUGUUAAGCAAUAAAACCACGGCCAAGUAUGCAUUUCACAGGUCUGUGAUAAGGGUGUUUAUUGCAUGUAAAUAGCGUAGAACAUAUUAGAACAAAUAAAGCAUUGAUUUCAGGUGAUAUUAAGUUGGAAAUUGAAGACUGUUAAUUUAUGAUGCCGCAAGUGCUUUUGUUCUACUCUUGAUAGAAUGCUGUGAUCAAGAAUCAGUUUGUACAAUAAUUGAAUGUUAUAUGGCAAAUGUCCCAUGAAUCUAUUAUUUUGUUAUAUUUGUAAAUAUGAUUAUAUUCUCUUUUACAGAGGGCCAUAUUCAUUACUCAAUUAAUCAAAAAGUACUAUCUAACUAAUGGGGAUAAUUUGUUUUUUCUAAAUUUCUCUUAGAAGCUGUGGCAUGAAUGGAUAUGCCUAUUUUCAUAACUUAAAUGCAUUAGCCUUGAUCAUCAACUUUUUUGUUGGCCUGCCUUGUUGGGGAGUUGAAUUUGUGUAAGCUCCAGAUCCCUUCAUUAUUUCAUAUACUGAUGAUGGUCAUUGCAAAUAAGAUGUUACUUCAUGCCUUUAACUGCAGCAGGAGAGAAAGAUGAAUUUAGCUGUCUGUUAUAUUGUGAGGAAGGAGAGGUUUGCCAUGUUUUCAGGGCAUGCUGUCUACAGAACACAGCAACUGCUAUACUUGCACAGUUCAGUUUGUAAAUGUUGUCCCACAACAUAAUAAAUGAAUCUGAUGGAAAAGAAA